AUAAUUUUCAAAAUGAAUUAUUUUUCAUAUCAAAUUUAUAAAACAUUCUAUAAAGUAAAUGCAAAUUUAAUUUUUAUAAAAAAAAGUUUGAAGCAUAUAAAUUUAUCUUAUUAUAUACGUUUUAUAAGUAUACCAUCUAAAUCAAAUAAAUCUUUAAUAAAUGAAUCACAAAAUUUAUCGUUACAAUCCGAUUCUACUAUAUCUCAGGAUAAAUCUAGGAAGGAAAAUGGUCAAAUAAAGUAUCCCAGAUUAACUUAUUUGGCUCCAAAAUUGGGAGUUAAUAAAGCGUAUGAUGAAGCUUUAAAAAUUAUUGAAGCAGAUCGUCUAGAAAAACUUGAAAAAAUUAAAAAAACAGAAUCUAAAAUAGAAUAUAAAAUAAAAUAUUCUAACACUAAAGAUAAAGAAGCACAAUUAACAAAUUUAAAAAAAUAUUUAAAUCAACUUAAAAUAUUGGCAGAUAUUAAUGUUCCUGAAAUAAGAUGGAGAUUUAAAAAUAACGAUGUGGAUAUGACCAUUCCUGUUUAUCGUUAUUUAACUGAACAAAAAUGGAUGAAAAAACCAUAUCAUCUUUUAAUGCAGCGUGUAGAACAGAUGUAUGUUAUACCUGAUGCGUAUGGAAGAUUUAAGCCUACUGCAGAAAUUCUUCUUCGAUUUAACAAUGAAGAACUUGAACCAGGAAAAUUUGUUCCUAAUUAUAUCUCUGAAACUGAACCUACUAUAGAAAUCAAUCCCUUUUCAGACACUGAAAAGCUUUAUACAAUUGCUCUAAUUGAUUUAGAUGUCCCUGAUCUAGAGAAAGAUUCAUUCAAAACAUAUCUUCAUUGGCUUAUGUAUGGUUUUUUGUUAAAAAACAAAAUAUUAACUAAUUUUAGUUCCAACAUUCCAAUUUCUCCCAAUAAUACACUUGUACAACCAUCUAUUGCAACUAUUUUAGCCUCUUAUAUUCCUCCACAUCCACAAAAAGGUAGUUUAUACCAUCGAUAUACGUUACUCGUUUUUGAACAAACAGAAAAAAAUUCAAAUAAUUCUAUUAUUGAAAGAGACCGGUUUGAUAUUCGUGAAUUUGCAUCUUUGAAUCAUUUUAAAAUUGUUGGAGUCCAUUUUUGGCGUAGUCUUUGGGAUGAAUACGUAGAUAAAAUUAUGUUAUCCAUGAAGUUGCCACCUUAUAAAACCAUGCUUAAAAGAUGUUAAUUAAUCAUUAAAAAUAUAUGUUGAAUAAAUAUUUGUACAUUACAGUAAAAUCAUUAAUUA